UAGAAGAGCGAGAGCCCAUGUGGGUUCAAUGUUGAUUUCCGUGGACAAAAUGUGUGCCAACUAGUGUAAAGAUUGUAACAGUGCCUCAUAGUUACUCAAUCUAUAUAAUCUUAUCAUGUCGUCUUUCUUUAUAAAGAAAAAAGGACCCCCAAAGGUUUUCAAAAAGAACGAGAAUUCAGCAGGUUCAAAACGAAAGAAUGAUACAGACACAGGAAACAAACUCAAGAAAAAACUAAUUUCAAAGCACAAUGAAGAAAUCUCCAGCGACUCUGAAACAGAAGGUUUUUCACUGCACAGAAAACGGAGGGCCAAUGUCGAAGAAGAGUUUGAUGAGACCCCACAAGAGAAAAAACUACGAUUAGCUAAACUUUACCUCGACCAAUUGAGGGAUGAGGAAGAAAAGAAGGCAGAGGAGGAGUCCUUUGAGAUGGACCUGAUUGCUGGAAGACUUCAAGAAGAAGUCCUUGAGCAGAAAGGACAGCUCCAACGGAUGGUUGCAAAAGAUCUCCUGCCACCAGAUGUGUCAGAGAUUUGUCUGUUGAGGGGCCACAAGCUGCCAGUCACCUGUCUGGUCAUCUCUCCUGAUGACCAACACGUAUUUUCUGCUUCCAAAGACUGCUCCAUCAUCAAAUGGGAUGUUGAGAGUGGUAAGAUACUUCAUACGAUAGCUGGUGGGAGGAAAGGAACAGAGGAUCGCCAUGUGGGACAUACGUCCCAUGUCCUAUGUAUGUCUAUAUCAUCGGAUGGCAAAUACCUGGCUACUGGAGACAUGAAUAAGUUGAUCAUGAUCUGGGAGGCAGCAACAUGUAAACACCUAUACAAGUUCACAGGACAUAGAGGCCCAGUAUCGGGCCUAUCCUUCAGGAGGGGCACCCAUGACUUGUACAGUGCCUCUCAUGACCGCUCCAUCAAGGUGUGGAACGUGGACGAAAAUGCCUAUGUGGAAACACUGUUUGGUCACCAGGAUGUGAUCACAGGGCUGGACAGUGGGAGUCGGGAGCGCUGUGUGACUGCAGGGGGGAGGGACCGCACUGUGAGGGUGUGGAAGAUCGCUGAGGAGUCCCAGCUAGUGUUCCAUGGCCAUGAGGGCUCCAUCGACUGUAUCCAGCUCAUUAACGAGGAACACAUGAUAACAGGCGCUGAUGAUGGCUCUGUCUCCCUGUGGAGUGUGAACAAAAAGAAGCCCCUUAGCACGGUGAAGGCAGCCCACGGUCGGCAUAGCGACUCGGGACUGGAGCAGCCCUACUGGGUAGCGGCCGUGGCAGCUCUGCAGAACUCUGACACCGUAGCCUCAGGUUCCCACAACUCUAAAGUGCAGCUGUGGAAAUGUGGUCAGGGGUUCUGUCAUCUGGAGCCUCUCUUCAGCAUCCCUGUGAAUGGUUUUGUCAACAGUCUAAAGUUCUCCAGUUCUGGGAAGUUCCUGGUGGCAGGAGUAGGACAGGAGCACAGGCUUGGUCGAUGGUGGAGACUGAAAGACGCGAAGAACGGACUCUACAUUAUUCCUCUGAAACGACAACAGCCAGAGCAGGAAGAGGUGAAUGGAGAAAAUAAUGGGGACUAGCUGAUCUGUGUAUGCCUUAGAAUAUAAUAUGUAUGACAUUUGAUUUUGUAAAUAAAAUUCUUUCCAGAAA